AUGAAGCCCACCCUCGCCGCCCUCGCGCUCGCCCCCGCCGCCGCCCUCCGGGGCGAGGUCUGGGAGCAGCACGAGGUCGAGGCCGCGGGCUUCGUCUGGCGGGGCAAUUCCACGGAGGAAUCGUCCCACCUGCUCCUCCACGAGCGGAUUAAGGACGAGGACCUCCCCGCGGAGUUCACCUGGGGCAACGUCUCCGGCGUGAGCUACCUCACGAUGAGCCGCAACCAGCACAUCCCCCAGUACUGCGGGUCCUGCUGGGCCCACGGCUCCGUGUCGGCGCUCGCGGACCGCGUGAAGAUCGCGCGCAAGGCGCAGGGCGCGGACAUCAACCCGUCCGUGCAGCACAUCCUCAACUGCCAGGGCGGCGGCACGUGCCACGGCGGCUCCGUCGACGGCCCCUACCAGUGGCUCAAGGGCCUCAGCGACAAGGGCGAGGGCAUCUCCUACGAGACGUCGAACCCCUACAUGGCGUGCAGCUCCGAGUGCACCGAGGGCAUCUGCCCCGGCGGCGACUGGACCUGCACGCCCAUCAACAUCGCGCGCACGUGCUCGACCUUCCCCCCGGCGGGCACGUGCACGGAGAUCACGCCCUACCCGCAGAUCACCAUCGACGACUACGGGUCCAUCUCCGGCCAGAAAGCGAUGCAGAAGGAGAUCUACGCGCGCGGCUCCAUCGCCUGCGGCAUCGACGCCGGGCCCAUCCUCAACUACACGACGGGCGUCGCCACGGGCGCGGGCGAGGGCGUCGACCACGUCAUCUCCGUCGUCGGCUGGGGCGUCGAGGACGGCACGUCCUACUGGAUCGUCCGCAACUCGUGGGGCGAGUACUGGGGCGAGAUGGGCUACGUCCGCGUCGCCUUCGGCGCGCUCAUGGUCGAGGAGCAGUGCGCCUGGGCCACGGUCAAGGACUACACGGCGCCGGAGAAGGACAACCAGGUCCACUGCUUCGAGGGCGGCGAGAACUGCCAGACCAAGGCGUAG